CGCACCCCUGGAGAGCCCGGAGUCUGGGUGGUCGGGUCCCGCCCCGUGCGGCGCUCCUGCGGACUGGAGGUCGGGGUCCCGGCUCCAUCAUCCCGGGCGAGGGCCAGUCCUAGCCUCGGACCCACGCCCCCUUCUUUCCAGCCCCGCCUUCGGCUCUGCGGCAGGAUCCCUAGCUGGGCGCAGCGGCCGGCCUGGAAAGGGUGGGCAGGACACCACGCCCGGGCAAUGCUGCGGCCCCGCACGGAAGGGGUGUCGCCUGCAGGUCACCCAGAGGACACCAGGACGGGAAUUCCUGAGGUGGGAGUGAGGCGAGGAAGGCGAAGUGGAAAUUGGAGAGGUUAGGCGUUGGAUAGGCCGGGACGCAUUGCCGGGUCCUGCAGCCCGACCUCCAGGACCACCGAAGGGGUGCGGAGAGGAGGGGCGCCCGCACAGGACCCCUCCGCUCGCCCCCUGCCCCUUCUCCCUGCUCUGGACGCUCCAGACCCCAGCCCGGGCCUAGCUGCUUCCCGCUCCACGAUCGCUGCAUGCCCCGUCGGAUCCAGGUAGAGAAGAGGGAGCCGCGCGCAGGCGGAGGAGGACAGGGUGGCCGGGCGCUGGCGGACUCCGCAGCCGGUCCCCGCACCGGGCACGUCCGCCGCCUUCCUGAGCUCUCCCAGAAGAUGUCGGGCGCUAUCUUCGCGCCCCUGGACGGCCUGGGUGCCCUGGACGCCGCGAGCGGCCACCCGCUGGUGUGCCCGCUGUGCCACGCACAGUUCGAGCGUCCUUGCCUGCUGGACUGCUUCCACGACUUUUGCGCCGGCUGCCUGCGCGGCCGCGCCACCGACGGUCGUCUCGCCUGCCCGCUGUGCCAACACCAGACGGCGGUGAAGGGCCCCAGCGGGCUCCCUCCGGUGGAUCGGCUGCUGCAGUUCCUGGUGGCCAGCUCAGGGGAUGGCACGGAGGUGGUGCACUGUGCCAACUGUGACCUGGAGUGCACUAAGCAGGAUGCGGAGACCACGUACUUCUGCAACACGUGUGGGCAGCCACUGUGCGCGCGCUGCCGCGAGGAGACGCACCAAGCACGCAUGUUCGCGCGCCAUGACAUCGUGGCCCUGGGCCAGCGCAGCCGCGACGUGCUCCAGAAGUGCAGUGAGUGCGGCGUGGCGUGCCCGUGGGGCCUGCGGGGGCCUGACUGUGGCGGGCCUGCCGGAGCCCUCACUGGCGCUCCCACCGCAGCGCUGCACGCAGAGCCCUACAUCAUGUUCUCCACCGACAAGAAGUCGCUGCUGUGCAUCCGCUGCUUCCGGGACAUGCAGGGGGAGAGCCGGGCGCACUGCGUGGACCUCGAGUCAGCAUACGUGCAGGGCUGCGAGCGGCUGGAGCAGGCGGUGCUGGUGAGCGUGGGGUACCCAGCGCGCCGGGAGCCCGGGAUGUGCGCACCUGCCUGGCUGAGGUCGCCUUGUUGCCAGGCCGUGAAGGCCCUGCAGACCGCCACGCGGGAGGCCAUCGCGCUGCUGCAGGCCAUGGUAGAGGAGGUGCGGCGCAGUGCAGCGGAGGAGGAGGCCGCCAUCCAUGCCCUAUUCGGCAGCAUGCAGGACAAACUGGCAGAGAAGAAAAUGCUGUUGCUGCAGGCUGUGCAGAGCCAAUAUGAAGAGAAGGACAAGGCCUUCAAGGACCAGCUCUCCCACCUGGCCACUCUACUGCCCACACUGCAGGUCCACCUGGUCAUCUGCUCUUCCUUCCUCAGUUUGGCCAGUAAGGCUGAGUUCCUGGACCUGGGCUAUGAGCUGAUGGAGAGGCUGCAGGGCAUUGUCACCCGUCCCCAGCGCCUCCGGCCAGCACAAAAUAGCAAGAUCACCAGUGACCACCGCGCUGAGUUUGCACGCUGCCUGGAGCCACUGCUGCUGCUGGGGCCUCACCAGGUGACAGGUGCUGGGAGCAGCACCAACAUGCUAGCAGCAGGCUCAGGCUCCAAGGUGUUGAUGGUGCCCAGCCGCCCUUCCCCAGUGGGAAAGACAUUGGGGUCGCUGGUCCAAAAGCCCACACUGCACCGGUCCAUCAGCACCAAGGUGCUGCUGGCAGAGGGGGAGGACACAGCGUUCACAGAGCACUGCCGCCACUAUGAGGGCUCCUACCAGCGCCUGCAGGCAGAGAUACAGAACCUGAAGGACCAGGUACAAGAGUUGCACCGGGGCCUCACCAAGCACCACUCACUCAUCAAGGCUGAGAUCAUGGGAGACAUCCUGCACAGGUCCCUGCAGGUGGAUGCACAGAUUGCCUCGGAGUACGCGGCCCUGGAGGGGAUGAGAGCAGUCUUUCAGGAGAUUUGGGAGGAAUCCUACCAGCGGGUGGCUAACGAGCAGGAGAUUUACGAAGCCCAGCUCCAUGACCUUCUCCAGCUGAAGCAAGAGAAUGCAUAUCUGACCACUUUCACCAAGCAGAUCACACCCUACGUCCGCUCCAUUGCCAAGGUGAAGGAGCGGCUGGAGCCAAGGUUUCAGGUGCCAGCGGACGAGCAGUUGGGGUACCUACAAAACAUGCAUGAUGACAGCACCAAUGGUGAGACUCAGGCCAGUUAAGGCAUGUCUCUCCAGUCCAAGUGGUAAGUGAUUCAAUCUCAGGGACAAACAUGAGGCACAGAGACAGGCCCCAGGUUUUCCCAUUUGGCCCAGGCUUGCCGAUGACCAGCUCUACAGCCUUGGCUGGGUCUGUUUGUCAAAAAUGGGGCCAGAGAGGUUCCCAACCUGGGCAGUGUAUUCAGAGAUGACAGAUGUGACCUGCAUUCUAGAAUUAUAAAUGGCCCUGGCUGCUGCCUGCAGCACGCACAACACUGAGGGCUGCAAGCACAGCAGACUGGCCUCACAUGCACUUACACGAAGUGACUCAGAUUCACUUAAAUGAGAAAAAGUGACUGAGGCUCUUCUCUCGAUGUGAGAGCAUCACUAUUCACUGGAGACAAGGUGUUUGCCAAAAUACUUGCCAGAGGGAAAAAAUAAUGCGCAGGGAACAGAUACAUCGCUGUCAUAGGCUGCUCUCUUAGUAUUUUGCUCUCAGUGAAGUGUGCUCGUCACAUGGGAGAACAGGACUGCAGAAAAUCAGAGCUGGCAGGUCCUGGAGGGCCUGGAGCAGUCUGCUGCUCUAGAGUGGCUGGUGAUAGAACAGAAACUAGUCUCACUCUCCCUGCCACCACGUUCUGCUCGGAUGCUCCAGGGCUGUCAGUUCAAACCUGUUGUCACCACAAGGCACUGAGAAGGCCUGAACUGCUUGCUGAUAUUUUGGUAACUAAAAAUCAUUAGAAAUGAGAGGAGAAUCCCUUAUGAGAUAAGGUUCUGGUUCACCCACUGGUGCCUUCCAGAAAGGCUUA